AUGUACAGUAUUAUUGAUGGACAUUAUUCUCUUUCAGUGUCAAAUGAUAGGAGAAUUGUCAUCCUGGGAAAAACUGGAAGUGGGAAAAGCAGCCUGGCUAACACCAUAUUUGAAGAUGAAUCGUUCAAGAUCGGCCGCACUGCCAACUCUGAAACUAGUAAAUGUGGAGCCAUAACAAAAUCUGUCAAUGGAAGAAACAUCACUUUGAUCGACACUCCUGGUUUCUUCUUAUACUUUCCUGAAGAAGUUCUCAAGUUUGCGACAGUUCUCUUUACUCAUGGUGACCAGCUCGAGGAAGGACAGACCAUUGAGGACUUUGUCCGUGGUAAUGAGCCUCUGAGUGAUCUGGUGAAGAAGUGCGGAGGCCGCUGCCAUGUCGUUGAUAAUAAAUACUGGAAGAACAACCAGCAGGAUGAAUACAGGAACAACCAGUUCCAAGUGAAGGAGCUGCUCAAAACAAUGGAAAAGAUAACUGAGGCAAACGGAGGAAGGUGCUACACCAAUGAGAUGCUACAAGCAGUGGAGGAAAAAAUAAAACAGGAGGUGGAGCUCAUUAGAAAGUCACCAGGAAACAUGUCAGAGAUAGAGAUCAGAGAGAAGGCUAAAGACAGAGUAUAUGAGAGGCUUUUAAAACUGGCAGGUAUCACAACAACUAUAUUGUUAGGAGGUUUAUUUGGUUUAUUAUGUUUGCUCAAAAGGUGACAAGAUAAAAUGCAGCUGAGGAAGCAGACACACCAGGGGAAGCAGCAAAGAAGACAGUAAAGACUGUCAUGAAUGAACACUAUCUGUCUUAAAUGCACAUUAUAAUACAGUCAAAGUUGAAACAGAAUCAAAACCAUAAAUUCACCAAACUUAACCAUUGAGCUGAUCGUGUUCAUUCAUAUGUAUUAUGUAAUAGGUUGAAUGUCUUGC